GGAUUCAGCAAGAACGUUGUCAGAUUUAAUUCGGAAUGGUGAGCUGUACCCUGAGCUAUAUGUAUAGAAAAUGACACCACAGAACCUUCUGCAUCUGGCUCUGUAUUCUGUACACACAAAUGGGCAAAAUGUACAGAACCUACAACAAUAUGGUGAAUCCUAUAAAAGGGAUGGGUCAGUGUUCCAGUGGUAAAAGUGUGAAUGAUGACAAUAUGGUAAACAUCGGCAUAGUUGAUGCAAACAGAGAGAAACUUGCUUUGGAUGAACGAAUAAGAAUGGAGGGCAAAGCAAUAGUGAAGGAAAAAGAGAAAAUCUUUAGAGAGAAGUUAAAACAUAUACAUUCUCAUGAUACCAAGAUUGUGAUAAAAACGUUGGAUGAGUUGAGAGAAAUGUUAGUCCAGGCUUGGUCGACAUUGAGUCACGGACGGGAUAUUGCUAUCACUCUUUUGGACAUUCUCCUUGAUGAAGGCUAUGUGAAGAUGAUACUCACGUUCAUGAGAGAUGGAGAAAAAGACCUGAAGAUAAUAGCGGCACGCUUACUUGAACAAUCAUUGACCACUAGGAUCAGGCAGUAUGUGGAGAAAUAUGGCUUGCAAGCGUUACUUGAUUUAUCAAAUGAUAAAAGUGAUGAAUUAGAAGAUGCUGGCAUUGGCCUACUUGAGCAUAUGCUUAAACUAAGUGAGGCAGCCUGUCAGAGGAUUAUCUCAUUAGGAGGCCUCGAAACCAUCAUAGAAGCAUCCAAAUCUGAAAAGGACAGUUUAAGAAAACAUGCAGCCAAAGCAAUGGCAAAUUUAGCCAUGUAUGGUGGCUUUAAAAAUCAAAAGGAAAUGAUUAAACGCAAUGCUCACCAAUGGCUAUUUACUUUAGCAUUCUCUAAAAAUCCCUCUGUGACUUAUUACGCUUGUAUCGCUAUAGCUUUUCUUGCAAGCAAUAAAGAAAUUGAGCAGGAAAUCAAUGAAUCUGAAACUCUGAAACUUGUAAAUACAUUUGUGGCACAUCAUGACCCGAAAGAGUUUGGAAAGCUGGACAAGUCACAGCUACAAGGGAGAUCAAUGGGAUGGUUGGCCAAAAUGAAGAAACUACUAAAGAGUCACAACCGUGAAGCUCAGACUCUUGCAGCUUUCCACUUCGCAAUGGAGGCCACAAUCAAAAAGACUCAGGGAAGUAUUCAUGAACUGUAUGAAAUAGAUGCUGUCUUACCUAUCAAGCAGGUAGCUUGUUUGUCUGUCAAUGAUGUUGCCUGUAACUUGGCAUACCGGGCACUGGAGACAAUAGGGGAAAAAUGCCCUCCAAAUCUUAGUAAUGAUAUAACAAGAUGGGACAAUUUCGAAGUGAAAUGGUGGCUGGAGGCUUUAGGUUUUACUGAGUACAUCAAUGCAUUUGCAAAGUUGAAGGUUGAUGGCGAUCUACUGCUGACGAUAAAGGAAGAUGAUCUGAAAAAUGAUAUCAAGAUGUCUGCUGCAAUAACUAGGAAAAGGUUUUUAAGAGAAUUAUCCAAUCUGAAGCAAUUAGCAGAAUAUAGUUCCUGUGACCAUGACGAUCUGUCAAAUCACUUAUUCAGUCUGGGAGAUGAAUAUGUACAGUACACAUACAAUCUACUACGGGCAGGCAUAACCCUUGAUAACAUCACCUUAGCAACUGAUGACAUUCUCAAACAGGAUUGUGGGAUAGAAAAUGGUGUGCACCGAGCUCGGAUUAUGGAGGCUGUUAAAGAGCCAAAAAAGCGUGGUAAUGCAUUCUCCCGCAGUACUUCCCAUACAUUUAGCAGGACGCGUAGCUUGGCCUCAAUCUCCGGUUCUCCAGUACUCGAUGCCACAGAGAAAUCACUUGAUGUCUUCAUCAGCUAUAGGAGGUCCACAGGCUCACAACUCGCUAGUUUACUGAAGGUGCAUCUACAAUUGAGGGGAUUUUCAGUGUUUAUUGAUGUGGAAAAACUAGAAGCUGGCCAGUUUGAUAAUAAUCUACUCAACAAUGUUCGUCGUGCUAAAAGUUUUGUUCUGGUGCUCUCUGACUCAGCCUUAGACAGGUGUAUAGGGGAUACUGAGAGCAAGGAUUGGGUACAUAAGGAGAUCACAACUGCACUCCAGUCUCAGUGUAACAUAGUACCCAUACUGCACCAGUUUAAAUGGCCACCUCUCGAUAGUAUUCCAGAGGAUAUGCGUAAUGUCUCAUUCUUCAAUGGUGUCAAGUGGAUCCAUGACUAUCAGGAUGCCUGUAUGGACAAACUAGAACGCUUUCUUCGUAACCCAAAACCCCCAAAGCUGGAUGAACCUGUAAAAGCAAAUUAAAAAACUACAAGUGGUACAUGGAUCACUUCCCAUGGCACCUGGUCCAGCCUGACACAUUAGGAUCUGAGUGAAUCAGAGGAACCGUCAAUCUUAGCUCAAAAAUCAGGAUUCGAGAUCCAGAAUAACUUUUCCACUUUCUGCUUUGGCUAAGCAAUGUAGAUGGAAUUGUUGAAUGACAAACAAUUCAAACAUUGAAGUAAAGGAAGAGUUAUUAUUAAGGCAAGAGACCUUAUUAUAUGUGAAAUAUGACUGUUUGUCAUUCUCUUUGUAACAUUUUAACUCAAGAUACUCAAAAUAUAGGAAAGUGUGCUAUUAUAGAGAUUAUAUGAAAACAAUUGGGCUGGAACCAGUUAUAUAUUAAUUAACUUAUUGAUUAAAUUAACUUAUUAAUUAACUUAUGUGUAACUUCGAUUGUUUGUUUUUUAUUAAAUAUUGUAUUCUUAUUUGGCUAUUAUUAAUGCUCUUUGAGCCUAGCCAAAAUGUUACUCUAAUGAUUAAUGAUUUUGUGUUAAUGAAAUACUUAUUUAUUGAUUUUAGCAAAGUUUAUUAUGGUAGAAUUAGAUUUUCUUUUUAUCACUGAAUGUUGUUCCAAAAUAGCUGCUAUUCAGAUGAGAACAAAUGAGAUAAGGAAGAUUUUAUUGCCUAGAGGUAAUUGUUUCAAAUGUAUACUAGGUAUAUUUUUAUCAAUACUGCAAGUCACCUCACAAAUAACAUUUAGCCUUUAUAGAGGUACAUUAUUCAUGUUAUAUGUACCUAGUUAACACUAGGAACAAGAAAAGAUCAUCCUAUGUAAACAUGUACAAGCUAAUUUUCUAGGGGCUUAUAGUUAGGUAAAAAUAGAUACUAGGGCUGGUAUGGAAUAGAAGGGAAUCGAUUUUAGACCUUGGCAUCAAAACUUUUGGAAAUUUAUUUCGUUCCAACGGAGGAUGGCAGUUCAGAAAGUCCAUUCCUAAAGGUGAAAUCAGACAUCAUUUCCAUACCAGUCUUACCAUGAAAUAACUUACGGGUAUUUUAUGUCUCUUAGUACUAAUUAUGUAGACUGCUCCACCUGGUAAUUACGCAGACAGGUUUUACUGUAAAUAGGUAAACCAGUUAAGUGCCAUUAUUUUUGCUUCAUUAUAUUUUUAUUGUACAUUUUCAAAUGAUCUUACAAUUUUAAUUUUAUCAAAAAAUACUCAUAUUUGUUUUAUUAACAUUAUUACUUUGAUUAUCUUUGAAAACAUGUUCAGAACAUAAACAAGUUUAUCAUGAUAUGUAAGCGAAAACAGGGAAGGGUAUUUAAUAGAUGUGGACAUUAUUCUAAAUUAAGUAAUUUAAAGGGAGAAUCGGAUAUGUUUCUAUGAUUUCAGUUAUAGAACGCAAAUGUUUUAAAUAAUUUUUUUCAUGGAUUUUUAAUAAUCAAAUGAAUAAAUGAAACAAAUUAUUAAUAGCUAAGAAUAUAUUAAUGUAAUCUCUCAUUUGGAAUCCAUUGCCAGUUGGAAUCAUAUUUAGAAAGUAUCUGAUUCUCUCUUGAAAUCUCUUGAAAGUUUAACACAGCGCCAAUGGUACAUGCUGAGACUAACAUAGAAUGAUGCUCUCAGGUACAUGUAUAUGUCAAUUUCAAUGACAAUUAACUUUUUCAUUUCAAUAGAUGUUUUUCCACUUCUAGUUAGACUAAUAGAAACACAUUGUUAGCUGAUGAAUGAAUUGAUUUAACCUAACCUAUAUAUGACUGAUUUCUGAAGAGGAUUGCUUUUAUAUGUGCAAAACUAGAAGACUGUCCAUGGCAAAUACAUACUGUAUCUGGUGAAACACUUGAAUUGAGCCAACACGCUUAAUAGCCUAUUCACACAAUAACUAAGCAAGGUGUUAAUUUAAAAAUGUUAAAAAAAUUAAUUUGCUUCAUGGGUGACAAAAUAUUU